AUGCCGGACGAGACACCGUACGACGCGGCCUGGAUGUCACCAUCUCGUAGCUCGAGUGGAGAUAUCUCUCUGUCUUUUACGCAGGAUGAAGAACCAGACGAUAGCGCAUUUGCUAUCAUGGAUUCAUACGCGGAAGACGCAGCUUCCAAUAUUCACAGCGUGUUUGGCGAGGCGAUAGGAGGGAGCAGGGCUUCCACCGCAUUGCGCAACGGCCCGUACAACGGCCCGACGCCCAAUGCGACGCCUAGUCUGCCGGCACUUCCCUUUGACGAUGCGUAUUCGCGCGCACAAAUGGCUUCUAACCGGAUGUCGACCCAUGUGGGCGUACCGGACGGUGUGCCGCCUUUUUCGCCGGAGCGCGUGUACCAUCGCGCAUUUACGCAGAAUGCGGGCAAUUCCAUGCCCGUGCGUUAUUCCCUGCUGUGCGACUACCCCACAGCGGACGGUGCGCAGCGUCGAAGUAUGGGCGAGCCAAGCACGACUCGGUUCCCGAUGCGCCUGUCCAGCACCAAGCGACGGAGCGAGCAGCGCGAGAGUUUAACGAGUACGAAUUUUGACACGUUUGCGCUCUAUGGCGACAAUGAGAACGAUGCACUCGAAUCGCACGCCUACUCGCGCCCCAACGACGAAUUUGAUUUGAUCAAUGCGUACGAUGACAAACAUGACACACACAACACGACCAACGAUAUCUUUAACGUGUAUGCAGGCUCACUCCCAAGCACACCUGAGCGCAACACACUCGUACACCGGCGACACACAGGCUACGUCUCGCCCUCGACGCCCGUCUACAGCCUGCGGCACAGCAGAAUGCGGCGAGAUUCGAUGGCGUCUGCAUUUGACAGCGAGGCGGAUUUACAUGCUGCCAAGUUUGCAGGCGCCAGCUUGGGAGGGGGCGAAGAAGAGCACGCAAACCUCUCGAUGCUCUCAAUGCCCGACCAGUCCACGGACAAAUUCAUUAGGCCACAUGACGACACAAUGGAGCUGCAAGGUGGCGACGAUGAAUGGGACGAGCGCAAGUUGAAAGGCAAGGAGCACAUGUCUCUGCGUGGAUUCGCCAACGUUGGCAUGAUUGUCAUUUUGGUUUUGGCGCUCCUGAUGCUGUUUCUUGGGUACCCGCUCCUGACCGCAUACCGAAAUCACCGGAACAACUUGGCAAGGUCGACGCUGAUGAAUGUAAACGACGAUGGGGAUGUCGAGCCUCUUGGAACACAAAACCUGCGCAAGUUUAGCCUCUUGGACCGCGAUACGCCCCAGGAAGCGCUCACGCGCAAGAACCUGUACACGGGCCAGACGAUGAAACUCGUUUUUAGUGACGAGUUCAAUGUUCCGGGCCGGAGCUUUAACGAGAAUGACGACCCUUUUUGGCUUGCCGAGGAUCUGCAUUACUGGCAGACCGAAAAUUACGAGUGGUACGAUCCCGGCUCGAUCACCACGGUCCAGGAUCCCGACAAUCCGGAAAAUGGGUUCCUCCAGAUCAAGCUCUCGGAGAACCCCAUACAUGGCCUCAAUUUCCGCGGCGGGCUCUUGACCAGCUGGAACAAGAUGUGUUUCACCGGCGGCUACGUGGAAGCCAGCGUCAUGCUCCCGGGCCAGCCAAAUGCGACUGGUUUUUGGCCUGCAGUGUGGACAAUGGGCAACCUCGGCAGGGCUGGCUAUGGCGCUACCACCGACGGCGUUUGGCCGUACUCUUACGAUACAUGCGAUGUGGGUACGAUGCCGAACCAGACCUAUCUUGCGUCGCAAGGCGGCGGGCCCAUCGGCGCAGAAACGUCGGGAGAGUGGAUCGACCAGUACGGCCCUUCGCUCAGUUUUCUCCCGGGCCAGCGCCUGAGCCGAUGCACCUGCGGGGGAAGCGACCAUCCCGGCCCAUUUGAGAACGGACAGUUUAAAGGGCGCUCCGCCCCAGAGAUUGAUAUUUUGGAGGCGUCUGCGAACAAUGGCGACGAUGAGCACGGGCAAGUAAGCAUGUCUUUGCAAGUUGCGCCGUUCAACUUUGCGUACAAUUUGACGGGUCCCAACCAUUUCAAAAUGUCGACAGAUAAAGUGCACAAUGCGACCAGGAAUUCAUACACCGGCUCUGCCUUCCAGCAGGCCAUCUCUGCGAAGGUGAAUGUGACUGAUACUGCGUACGAAAUGUCCAUUAAGGGGAAGCCGACAUUUUUGCGGUAUGGCUACGAGUACAAACCGGGAUAUUCAAAGGAUGGGUCGUACAUCAUGUGGACGGUGGAUGGAAAGCAGGUGGCGCUGCUCGAGGGCGAGGCGCUCGGAGCGGAUGACGCAGUCGAGAUCGCCGACCGACCCAUACCUGAGGAGCCAAUGUAUCUGUUGAUGAACCUUGGUAUUGCCUCCUCUUUCUCCUGGAUCAACUGGGACGUGCUUAUGCAACAGUUCGAGGAACAUAACCAUGCUGCGCGUAUGCGUGUGGAUUAUAUCCGUGUUUACCAAGACGAAGACAAGAUCAAUGUGGGCUGCGAUCCGCCCGGCUUCCCUACAAAGGCCUAUAUCGAUCGGCAUAUCGAGGCAUACACGAAUAGCGAACUGACCUCUUGGACACUGCCUAAGGACAAGGGUGGAUAUAAUCAGCCGUUCCCGGGCAAUAGUUUGAUGGGACAAUGCUAG